UCCGCUUUGAAAUUAAUACAUAUGUACAAAUAAAUAUGGAUGCGUCCAGUGAAAAUAUGAAAGCUACCAACAAAACAAAUGACAUGGCAGUGCCUUCUCCAAAACUUAAAAUAUUUUGGCCCAAUAUUAUAUUCUUUGUUGUUGUUCACAUCGGAUCAUUUUAUGCUAUUCGUUUAGUUUUUACGAAGGCUAUGUGGCAGACUAAUCUUUUUGCGUAUUUGCUGUUCGUAUUUUCAUCUGUCGGCGUUACGGCUGGAGUGCACCGGUUGUGGUCGCACAGAGCAUACAAAGCGAAGCUACCCUUGCGCAUCUUUCUGUUAUUUUUCUAUACAAUGGCUUAUGAGGGGUCUGUGUUACACUGGGUGCGCGACCACCGUGUACACCAUAAGUACUGUGACACUGAUGCGGAUCCCCACAACUCAAAGAGAGGAUUCUUUUUUGCCCAAAUAGGCUGGAUGUUGGCGAGAAAACACCCAGAUGUCAUCGCUAAAGGACACACCAUCGACGUUAGCGACAUACUAAGCGAUCCGUGGCUACGGCUGCAGAAUAAAUAUUACUUUCGUUUGGUUUUCGUCAUCUGCUACAUGGUGCCAACGUAUAUUCCUACUCUAUGGGGAGAAGAAGCAUGGACUGCAUUUUUGGUGGCUGGUGUUUUGCGACACCUGGUAUCAGCGCACACGAUAUCUCUUAUUAAUUCGGCAGCUCACAUUUAUGGCACCAAACCCUACGAUAAAAACAUUCGUCCCGUAGAAAACAUGACCGUGUCGCUACUUGCUACUGGUGAAGGUUUCCACAAUUAUCACCAUACUUUCCCAUGGGAUUACAAAGCAGCUGAAUUAGGAGGAUAUUCGUUGAAUUUUGCCACGUUUUUCAUUGAUGUAAUGGCAAAAAUUGGCUUAGCAUACGAUUUGAAAACAGUAUCAACUGAUCUAAUAGAGAAACGUGUCAAGAAAACUGGAGAUGGAUCGCACCCGGUAUGGGGGUGGAAUGAUAAAGACAUGCCUGAAGAGGAUAAAAAAAGUGCUAUAAUUUUCUAAAACAAUACUAACUGCGAUGUACAUUAUCAUUAAGGAUGCUACCCCGUUUCUGUAGUGCAUCAGAAUGUUUGCUCAAACACAUGAAAAUUGCUUCUAUGCAACAAUGGAAAAAUGGUGUGCGUCCCUGGUCCGUUGGAUGAUAGGUUGAAUAGCCUCACUUCAA